AAUGCCAACUGCUCUCACCACUAGCUGAAGAAACAGCUCCGUGGGCCUGGGAGAGGGACCUCUGGUUAUGCAGCUUGGGGCUUCGUGCAGAAACGAAGCACCAGCAGAAUCGUCUUCAAAUGAAAUGAUGACCCCUUUCUUUCAGUUACUUCCCUACCAAAAAUCAGACGACUGCUCUAAGGAGGAAACACUAACCAUUAAACAGUAACCAUUAAGGAACCAAUUUACGUGACAAAGCGAAUCAGUCAGACCUCCAGCCACCUGGCUUCUUGACCCCCCCCCCCCCCCCCCGGGCCUAGAGGGCAAUUGCUGAUUUACACCUUGUAAAUGUAUCACUACACUACAUCCCACGAGUGCCGUGGCGUGUUGUGUGUGUGCACGCUCGUUCAGACUCGCAGUGAGAGUGACAAGGAUACUGACCCUCUUCUAGGAACCAGGAGCUGUUCUGGGUGCUGUGCAUGAACGAACCCUUGCAUCCUCACAGCGCCCCCGGAGGGGAGGUGCUGUUUCCACUCUGGCUUUCUUUCACAGGCUGGUGAGAUGGAGGUGCAGAAGAGAGUGGCGGGGACCUGCCCAAGGUCACCCAUCGUGCGCGGGGCCGAGCUGGGGCUGGAACUCAGGCAGCCAGGCUCCCUGCGCCAGACUGCUGCUGCCUCUAUAAGAAAAUGAGGAAAAGAAAGGAACAGCUGCCGGGUAUCAUUUCUCCCCUAGAUGAUGAAACUGCUUUACGAACGGCAGUCUCCACUCUGAUGGGGUCACAAACCCACGCUUUCAUCUCCCGAAUGGGCUGUGUGGAAAGGCAGGAGGAGCGGGGUGGAAAGGGAAGCGGAGGGUACAAAAACCUGUAGCCUGGGUGCUCAGCUCCGAGGGUUGGCGCAUGAGCCCACAGCGAGCCGUGCGACCCCAAGGCAAGAGGCAGCGCGCUGGGACCCCAGAACCAAACUGUAACCAGGCGCGUUUCAGGAGGCAGGCCCUGGCUCUGCAGAUCGGGAGGGAUUCCGAGAUCCGUUGCGGUAUUACGCUGGAGCAGCGCCGUGCCACAGGCUCAGCCAAUCGACCAGCUCCCAGGAUUGUCUUCCAGUUGCUAGACUACACCGCUUUCCAGUACAUUAUUUGGAAUACAAAAAAACCCCUAAAAUCUGUUUGGUGUGGUCAGGAGUUAGUGGAAGAAGCCAAAAAAGGAGAGAGCUCGACACCCCUGGGCUCAGCCACUCGGAGCAGCCCUCCACCCACCACCACUCAAAGGGUGAUGAGGCCAGUUGGUGACACUGAGGGAAUUGCACUCGGACACGCGUGCAGAGACAUGCAAAAGACCACCACGCUCCCUGUACCGUCUGCAGUAUGGAGUCCAGUGAGGCCAGGAGCCUGUCACCGGUGGGAACAUCCACAGGGGAAGAGGAGACGCAAGAUUGGCCGCCUCGGGAAACUUGGAAACAACGCAGACCCACAAACCACGACCAUCGGCUGCUCUCAGGCAUGGUUCCGGGCACAGGAUGUGAUGUGUCAGCCGGCCGCGAUUGGCCUGCAAGCCAUGAUUCAUGGCGGCAGCCAGCAGGGCGUGGGGCGAGACAAUGCACCCCCGGGGCUGGAUGACGCUCCUUCCGACGUGCCGGUCCUCCGCAGGGCCCCAGACAGCACUGUGAUGAUCGUGGACGUUCACUGA